GGCAGUGGUGUGAUUAAGAGGCUGCCGCAGUACUGACCCCAUAUGAGGCUGCUUCAGUGAGGCACGGUUUGCCUGUCUGUGAUUGGACCAGAGAGAUAGCGAUCAUCAAAGAAAAAGGGGUGGCCGGCGGAUGUGAAGGUUGCCAUGGCGCGCUUCAGCCCAGGAAUGAGAUUGGCGGAGGAGAUGAGCAAGGGGCGCGCCAAUUUGGCCCUGCGCCCCGUCCCGCAGUCCGCCGCCCCGUCCUCCGGGUCCUCCGGGUCCCCCGGGUCCUUCCUGCAGGCCAGGAGAGGCGUUCUGGAGAGCAAGCUGUCAGGAGGCGCGGCCUCCGGCACCCCGAAUCCCGCGUCUGAUGUCCCGAAGAGCGGCGUCAACAAGAGCAGCCCCCCCGGGGAGGGCGGCGAGCAGGGGGUCCCCAAAACCAAAGCCCUCGCCAGCAGGUUUGAGAACGCCGGCCCGGACCGCGGCCCCCCGUUCAGCUCGCAGCUGCCCCUCAAACCCAAACCCCUGGAGCCACCAGAGGGGUGCAGACCGCACCUCCUGGUGAAGAAGCUCUCCGCCGAGCUCAUCUCGCUGGACACCAAGCAGCCCGCUCCCAAACCGCACCCGUCCUUCGCCAAGCUCCCCUCCGCCAGCGACGGCUCCAGACGCGGGGAGGGUGAGGGCGACAAUGACCCAGCUCCCACCAAACCCCCCUUUUUACACAAACAGAAGGGCUUUCCUGCGACGGGACAGUCCAAAGGGGGAGCAGGGGGCCCUGCUGGAGUGAAAGUGCAUCCCGGGGCGGGCGUGAGGUUUUCGGGUGUGCGUGGCGCUCAGACCGCGUUUAACAAGGACGGCAGCGAAGCAGGCGUGACGCCCCUUAGAUCCCACAAUCCUCUGACCCCGCAACCUGCAUCAGCCCCGAGGCCUCUCGCAGCUAAGAACCACGCCCUUGUGAAGAGGCUGCUGCCGACCACGUCCGAGAAGGAGGAGGCCAGCGACCCUGCUGCCCCAAAAAAGAAGCCUCUGCCUGGGAGUUUUGUGCUGGGGAGCCCACCUCCCAAACCAGGCAGGCCGCCCAGUGUCAGCCUGGGAAAGUUCCAGAAGGGAAUAGAGAGUGUGCAUGAUGGUCCUAGGAUAAAACAAGGAAGACCUCUCCCACUUCCUGCCUCACCUCAUGGCAACCUUGUGCCACCGCCCGUGCCCCCCAGUCCCCUGUGCCGAAGCCUCUCUCAUCAAAGCUCUGAAGCCAGAGCCCUCCCUGUCGUGGACCAGGACUACGAUGAUGUGGGAGAGCUGGAUCACCCUCCGCCCUUACCUGGAGAGCACCCUGCACAGAAAAUGGAGAAGGACACUGAGAGUGACGGGGAGAUGUACGAGGACUUGGAGGAAAGAUGGGCUUCAGCAGAGGCUACAGAAAAUACCAAGAAUCUGUCGAAGGAAGAGAAGAAACGCCUAGAGCAGGAGAAGAAAGAGCAAAAAGAACAAAAGAAGAAAGAACUGGAGGUCAGGAAGAGAUUUAAGCUCUCAGGACCAAUCCAGGUGAUUCACAGGGUGAAGGUCCGGGUGGACUGCAAAGGGGGAAAGAACGACCUGGCCAUGAAGCGAGGCGAACUCGUCGAAAUCGUCCGUGUUUUGGACAACCCUGCCGGCCGCUGGCUGGGCAGAACACAGGACGGAUCCUACGGCUAUGUGAAGGCUGAAUCAGUAGAGGUAGACUACGAACACCUGAAACGGGAGAAACAGGGGGGGCCACGCCCAGGUACAGCGAAGGAAAGCCUGGAGGUGUAUGACGACGUGGGCGUCCUGGACGACUUCAACAGUGGCCUUAAAUGUCAAGCAGAGGAAGACCCUGACAUCUAUGAUGAUGUCGAGGACCCAAACCAAAGACUGCGGUCAUCUUCUCCCGCUAUUCCUCCUCCUCCUCCAGCUCUGGGCACUUUACCAGCAGCUGAUGACAUUUACGAUGACGUGGACUCUGAAGGGUUCCCUCCGCCCCCAAUUAUCAGCAAGCUCCCUCAGAUGAAAUCAAAAUGUAAGACAGAGGAGAGAGACCCAAAAAAACAGAAGAAGUUUGAAAAGGAGGAGAAAGAAUUCAGGAAGAAGUUCAAAUUCGAUGGCGAGAUCCAGGUGCUCCACCAGGUGACCAUCGUGUCCACGUUGACCACGAGGAAGUGGGGGAGCAAAGACUUGCCCCUGAAGCCGGGAGAGAAGAUCGAUGUCAUCGUGGAGCCCAGCAACGACAAGCUGAUUGGCCGAAAUCAGGAGGGGAAAAUUGGUUACGUUUCAGUGGGCAACAUCAUACCUGAAGACGCUGAUAUUUACGAUGACGUCGGUGAAGGUUGCACCUACGACAAUGACUGAGCAUAUGUACCCCUUCCAAAGAAGUGUGUUUUAUAUGUUUAUGUUAUUUUUAGUUAAUUUCAUACAAGGUAGACAUAGAUGGGGGGAUGAAUCACACAGAUCAGUGUCUCUGUGUGUCCAUUAUUCCAUCAAUCUGUCUGGCUGAUUCCACAUCCACAGGAAUCCUUUGUAGUUUGUACACCUUGAUCCACCUCUUGACCAUGUAAUACCUGCAGCCACUGAAGACUUGAAAGCCCUGUGGUAAAGUCAGACAGCAUUGAUUCACAUUUUCAUUCCUUGAUGUUUCUAAAAUACAACGGCAUGUCAGUGUGGUGCAGUGGGCAGAACUGUCGCCUCACAGCAAGAACGUCCUGGGGUACGAAUCCCGGCCUGGGCCUUUCGGAGCGGAGUCUGCAUGUGAUCCCUGUGUCUGCGUGGGUUUGCUCCAGUACUCUGCUGGGUUAGGCUCCAGGACUCUGCUGGGUUAGGCUCCAGUACUCUGCUGGGUUAGGCUCCAGUGCUCUGCUGGAAACGAGGGUCAGAAUAUAGGUUGACCCGUUUGGCCACCAUUAUGAAUAACAUGAAUGUGUAGUUAUGUGUAAGGUGUGUUGUUAAGAUAUAGGUUUAUGCUCAUUUUCCAAAUACAAAACUAAAGCAGCAUUAAAGAAUAAAAUAACAAUAACAGAA